CAUCAGCAAGCCGUCUGUGUUUUAGGAACCACCGCUAUACCAUAAUGGGUGUGGAAAUUGAAACAAUAUCUCCAGGAGAUGGGAGAACCUUUCCAAAGAAGGGCCAGACAUGUGUAGUGCAUUACACAGGAAUGCUGCAGAAUGGGAAAAAGUUUGACUCUUCCCGUGACAGAAACAAGCCCUUCAAAUUCAAGAUUGGACGACAGGAGGUCAUUAAAGGUUGGGAGGAAGGAGUUGCACAGAUGAGCCUUGGUCAGCGAGCAAAGAUCACCUGCACGCCAGAUAUGGCCUAUGGAGCCACAGGUCACCCAGGGGUCAUUCCGCCCAAUGCCACCCUUAUAUUUGACGUGGAGCUCCUGAAACUGGAGUGAAUCACUGUCAAAGGGCAAAGGUCACCGGGUUAAGGAGAGAGACAGAGAAACACUAGCCCCUGUCAACCAAGAAGGAAACCAUUCAGUUGAUUUUUAGCAUCAUAAAAUUAGACAGUCAAAGGAUUCAUCCUCUGCUUAAUUUCCAUUCUUUGUCUUAGAUGCCACCUAAUGUUCUUUUUUUUUUUUCCUUCUUCUUCUUCUUCUUUUUUUUUUACAGAUCAUUGAAGUUGAGCUUUAUGUGGUUAUGUUUGGCCAUAAGCAAUGUUCUGUUUUUCAAAUUAGGUUGUACAUUUUUAAAGAUAACAUGUGAAUAUGACAUAGAAGCAUCAAAUCAGAUAUAUCUUUGGAUUAAAAGAUUGAAACCACUGCCUUACUGAAUCCCAGAGUGGAAGUAGGGUAUUAGAAUACAAACUCCUGUAUUUUGACGGGGCAUUAACAACCACUGUCUGCAUUGC